GAGAAUCAUGACCCUAUUACGUACAUCCUUACAUGUUGCGAUUUGUUUUGGACCUAACAAAUAAUUAAGUUAGGACAUUGUUGCGGAACUCUGCUACUAAAUUUAUUAGUAUGAGUUAACUUUUCCGGACUCCUAUCUUAGACCAAAUUAGGCGAUUGCACAUUACAUGUUAAUUUAAUCAGUAUUAUGAGUGAUUAUAUUAAAAAAAAACAGUAUUAUCGAGUAGCACUUUAAUUUUAAGAUCUACCAUAUGCUGAACACGUGUCGCAUCCAACGUCCUUCCCCUUUCCUCGAGCGUUCCUUUUCCCCGCUAUUUAUAACAAACAAAUUCCCUCCAUUUCCCCAUCCCAAUCUCCCGCCUCUUCAUUUUGCCAUACCCCCCUCCUCCACCUUCCCUUUUGUUUUCUCCUCCAUUCUUCUCCAUCUCCCUCUCUAAUCAACCAGAAAUCUCCAUUUCUCCCUUUUAAUCCAGAUUUCCAUUUCCAGUAAUAAACAAAAAGAGGGGGAGUAAAACAUAAGAAAAAUCACAACACCCAUACCCGGUCCCCCGACCCGGUAUGUUCGUAGCAUCAUCCAACACCAACAACACAAUUCCCAGACCAAAUGGCAAAAUAACCUAUUCAGAUCCAACCAUGUCCGCCACCUCCUCCACCGAUGACGACUUCGCGGUGUUCCGGAACAGCAGCGCCUCCUCCGCCGCCAGCCCCGGGAUGCCGUACGACCCGAACCGCCUCAGCUGCGAGGGCUCCCCCAUGACCAUGUCACCCUGGAACCAAACAACGCCGUUCGGCAAAGCCUGCUUCACCCGAUACGACGAUGCUGCGUCCGCCCAGAACUCCCUCAUCGGAUCUUUGGUCCGCGAGGAAGGCCACAUCUACUCCCUCGCCGCUUCCAAGGACCUGCUCUACACCGGAUCCGACUCCAAGAACAUCCGGGUCUGGAAAAACCUCAAGGAAUUCUCGGGUUUCAAAUCCAGCAGCGGGCUGGUCAAGGCCAUAAUCCUCUCGGGGGAGAAAAUCUUCACCGGUCACCAGGACGGCAAAAUCCGGGUCUGGAAAUCGUCGAUCAAGAACCCGAGCGUGAUCAAAAGAUCCGGAACUUUACCCACUUUGAAGGACAUUUUCAAGAGCUCGAUCAAGCCCAGCAAUUACGUCCAGGUACGGCACCACAAGACGUCGUUGUGGAUUAAACACUCCGACGCCGUUUCGUGCCUCUGUUUUAAUGAGGACCGCACCCUGCUUUACUCUGCCUCCUGGGAUAGGAAUUUUAAAGUGUGGCGCUUGUCCGACUCGAAAUGUCUCGAGUCGGUCAGCGCCCACGACGAUGCGAUCAACUCGGUGGUUACGAUGGUGGAGAGUUUGGUUUUUACCGGUUCGGCCGACGGGACGGUGAAGGUUUGGAAGAGGGAGCAGCACGGGAAGUCGACGAAACACACGCACCAGCAGACGCUGCUGAAGCAGGAGUCGGCGGUGACGGCGCUGGCCGUGAACCGAACCGGUUCGUUGGUUUACUGCGGGUCGAGCGACGGGAUGGUGAAUUUUUGGGAGCGGGAGAAGGGUUUGUCGCACGGCGGCGUUUUGAAGGGGCACAGGCUGGCUGUGCUGUGCCUGGAGGCGGCGGGGAAUUUGGUGUUCAGUGGGUCGGCGGACAAGACGAUUUGUGUGUGGAGGCGGGAUGGGAAUAUUCACACGUGUUUGUCGGUGCUGACGGGGCACACCGGGCCGGUGAAGUGUUUGGCGGUGGAGGCGGACGGGGAGAAUUCGAAAGAAGGGGAUCAGAGGUGGAUUGUGUACAGUGGGAGUUUGGAUAAGUCUGUGAAGGUUUGGAGCGUGUCGGAGAUGGCGCCGGACGGGAGUUUUGGGGCCGGCGGUGGCGGUGGGAUGUUUUCCGAUGGGGAGUCGUUGCCGUCUAAGGGCAGCACCAGAACCAGACCUGGCCCAAUGGAUUGGUGAUUAAUUUAUUAUUGUGUUUUAUGAAUGGUUCUAUUGUCAUGCCGGAAGACAAGGAAGAAGAAAAGCAGCGGGAGUGCCACAUGAAGGGAACAUAUAUUAAAAGGUUAUUUUUAGAAGAAAAAGACGUGGUAAUUUUGUUUUAAAGAAGAAUAAUUAUGGUGAAUUGAGUGAUGUAAUUACUUACUAAUUAGGGCGGGGAAAAAUAGGGGCAUUUCAAUUAGUCUGUCUGACUGAAGGUGAAGAAGAGAUUGAAAAAGAAACAAUUUUCAGAGGUAAAAAUUUAUCAAUUGGUAGUGUUUGUGUAUUGUAUUGCAUUUAUAUGAAUGAAUUUAAAAUAUUUGA